AUGUCGACGGCCGCCUCGUCUUCCUUAGAUCACAACGUGAUUGACGUAAAAAGUAGUGAUUCUGUGGCUCUAAAAGGUCCAAAACAUUGUGCACUUACUCUCGAUGGAUCGGACGACGAAGAUCAUCACGUGACACACAAAGAAAACGAUGACAAAGACCAGGAACACGAAAAAGACGAGGAAAAUGGUAUAGAAAAAGAAGGACACGCGUAUCGUCGUGGUCAUCAAGCAGUUCCUAUGGAAUCACCAGGUGAAGACUUGCAUCAGGAUCAUCUGAUGCUGGACGAUCAGGACGAUGGAGACUUAGCCAGACGUAUGGCUGGUGUUGGCGUCCAAAGACUGCGUAGACUACGAAAUCGUCCAGGUUUUUUUCAAUCGGAUGCAGAUUCGCGUAGCUUUCGCUACCGAUCAAGCAGUGGAAUUUUGCAGAGAAUCACAUUGCGUAGACGUAAACGAAACGACCAGGAUGUGUUCUGGACGGCCAUUGGAGUGCUCACGCUGCUGAGUUUUGGGCUCAUGUGCUGCGUUACCAUUUACUUGACGCAGACGGAUUUAUUUGAGUCACAUCAGAGUGAGCUAUUUGGGACGACGGUGGAUAAUCGGUUCACAGUGGUAGCUCAGGAUGAUGCAGAGAUCUUUCUUAAGAGCGGAUAUUCGAAUACGGUAUUUUCAGAAAGUUUGAUGGCUUUUGGGGACGGGAAACUGAGGAUAGGACAACGUUCGUUGAAAUCUGGUGAGACACAGAGCUUUUAUGGCGUCUCGUUCUUUGGUAAUGGCACGGCGUCGUUUACCAACAGCGUGGAGUCUCCCAUGAUUGAAGCUGACUAUUUAAGAGCCAGAAAAGGAGUAAUAUUUGAUGAUGGGACGGUGAUGACCACAGCUUUUAAUAAUUCUGGUAGAGCAAAAGAGCAGGGAGACUUGAAUCUUGUGUCAAAAACUGGAUCUGUGGUCGCAAGCGCUGGUGGCAACUCGCUGCUCAUCGUCGAUCCAGUCGGAACGGUGACGGUGGCCAACACGAAGUCUGAUGAGCCUAUACUAAACGGUAUAACACUGGAUGGCACACAAGAAGAAAUCAGCAUCGGCAAUGGCUUUCUAAUAAAGCACGAUCAUAACAGGUCAACUUUGUCUACACCUCAGGCGCUUCACCUGGAAUCGAGUUCGGUUUUGGUAGGCACUUCGGCAAGCAGAAAAGUACAAAUCUCGGUUCCUGGUGUUAUUGAGAAUGGCAGUGAUGAAGAUGAUGACGCACGAGCGUUAGAAUCAGCCAAUGAUGCCGAAGAAAGCAAGAGUGUGACACUGGAAGUAGCUGGGCAAACAUCGUUGGUGCAGAAGGAAGGCGGAGACGUACGCAUCAUGGGUGGCGACGGACUGAAUGUCGGUGGUGACGUGACACUGGUCGGAGGCCAAGCAACUGAAUCAGGAUCGGAGUAUGGAUCUAUCUCUAUUAACGCUGGGCUGCAUCAGACAGGCUCAUCGCUUACAGAGAUUGGAAGCCAUGGCUCGACCCACGAGGUUAAGAUUCACGGUCUUGUGUCGUUCAAUCACAAGUUUAGUAUGAAUGAUACCACGCAGGUCAAGGUGGGAGGCGGUCGGUUUAAUGUUUCGUCGCAGUGGAUCACACUUGAUAACCGAGCGAUUAGCUUGUCAGAGCUUCAUGUCAAUUCAAAUGAUGUUCGUUUGGGUUCUUCCUCACCGUCAGUUCAAGUGGGAAAAGCAGGUUUGUCAACAAUCAAAGUGCAGGGAGCUAGCGCCAUUUUUGAUGCGACAAAAAGUGUUGCUCUAGGUGAGAGUGCUUUGUCAAUUGUUGUUGGUGGCAAUAAGACAUCGGGGCAGAUAAUAUAUGUGAAGUCAUCGGCGAUUCAGCUGGAUGCUUCGCAAAGACUCACUAUAAAUACGGUCAACCGUGAAGCUACCACUACCAUUUCAGGACUGGUGCAUUUCAACGGCAGCUCCACCACAAGAUCCCUGUUGUCUAUCACGGAUUCAGUUGUCAGCGCGAAUCCGACGAAGUUUUGGGUGGGUGCCGACGGAAAGACAAGUGUCGCUACUAUCGAGGCAACACACGUCACAAUUGGUGGACGUAGUGCCAAAGCUACCGCGCUUCCGCCUACUGGAAGCAAACUGAAUUUGUUCAGCUCCAGUAUUACAAUCGGCUCUAAAGCAUCUAAAAUCGCAGUGAGGGGUAAGUCUAUUGUCGUAGAUUCGGCAGAUACGCUAACUGUCGGAGAUGAAGCAAAUGAGAUUACCAUUGGUAGUGAAGACGUCGGCAAUGUGAGCAUUCAGAGCGCAGCAGUAUCGGUGGAUGGAGCAACUACGAUGAAGGGUGCCUCUCUUGCUAUACAAUGUAUCAAGAUUGACAUUGGUGGCAAAUUGACGAGCGAUAUUACAAUCGGUGCAUUAGAAGCAAACGUAGACGUCGGUUCCCAAGCAAAGGUUGUAUCCAUCGGUGUGGACAGCCCGACAGUAAAUAUUGGCUCCGACGCAAGUGUGGUGAAUCUGACGGGCAAUGUGAAGAUUAAUGGAAAAGCGUUGGACAGCCGCCGACUAGCUGUGUUGAGCAAGACGGAAAGCAAGCCUUUCGGGUAUCUUGAUGUCAAUCGUAUUGCUGUUGCAGUCACGCAAACCAAGGCAUUAACAGCGUUUGCACUUCAUUGGGACAAAGGAUACUCAUCGGAGUCUUACGUGUAUCGAGUCAAUACAAACCAAGAACGCAUGCUGUCUGUUGCUUCUAUCUUGGAGGGUGACAGGAUUGUAGACUCAAGACACCUUCAGAUUUCAUUGCACGUAUCCAGCGUAGUACUUGUUGUGCAAAGAGAAAAUGAAGCUGCUCAAACAAGCAAGAUCAGAUGUCGGGUCUAUCAACACGCAGCGAAGCUAGCAGCAACAAUCGCCAUGGAAGUGAGUGCUCACAUCGAGCAUUGUUCUGGCAUAACAUGCAAAGAUGGAAUCUUUCUUGGGCUGCAAGGACAACGAAUUGUUCCGUAUAGUCUUGGUGACUCAUUUUCUACUCAGUGCACCGUCGUUUCGACUGCAUCAGGGGAACUGUUGCUUCAGAACAUACAGUUCUCUUUUGCAGAGCAGUAG